AGAGGAGUUGCACGAGCGGCGGCAGGCACGGCCCGACCCACGUCACGGCGAGCAGCGGGGCCAACGGAAGGCUGCAGCACAGCCCUGGCGCAGCCAUGGGGCAGAAGUGCAUGGAGAAGGUGUCCUCCUUCCUCUUCGAAUAUGACACCCCCAGGAUGGUGCUGGUGAGGAACAAGAAGGUGGGACUGACCUUCCGGCUGAUCCAGCUCAUCGUCCUGGCGUACAUCAUCGGGUGGGUCUUCCUCUAUGAGAAGGGCUACCAGUCUCAGGACAGCAUCGUCAGCUCGGUCUCGGUGAAGCUGAAAGGCCUGAUGCUGACCAAUGAGAGCGUCAUGGGCCCUCACAUCUGGGAUGUGGUGGAUUAUGUUUUCCCACCCCAGGGGGACAGCUCGUUUGUGGUGAUGACCAACUUCAUUGUCACCCCUGGACAGAAACAAGGAACCUGCCCAGAGCUGCCGGACGCCGGGCUCUGCUCGCGGGACAGCGACUGCAGCAAAGGGAAAUACAGCCGCCAGGGACAAGGGCUCAUGACGGGCAAGUGCGUGCAUUUCAACAGCUCUGUGAAGACCUGCGAGAUCUUUGGCUGGUGCCCCGUUGAAGUUGAUGACCAUGUUCCCAACCCUGCCCUGUUGUCAGAAGCAGAGAAGUUCACCUUGUUCAUCAAGAACAGCAUCACCUUCCCCAGGUUCAAGGUGUCCAGGCGCAACUUGGUUGAGAGCGUUACCAAACAGUACCUGAAGAAAUGCACCUACCACAAAGUCACCGAUUCCUUAUGCCCUGUCUUUGACCUGGGAUACAUAGUGAAGGAAUCGGGUCAGAAUUUUACCUUCCUGGCUGUUAAGGGUGGAGUGGUGGGCAUCACCAUAGACUGGAACUGUGACCUUGACUGGCCCGUCCGGUACUGCAAACCCAUUUACCAGUUCCAUGGCCUUUACAAUGAUGACAGUAACGUUUCACCGGGCUUCAACUUCAGAUACGCCAAAUACUACAAAGAAAAUGGGACGGACAAGAGGACGCUCUACAAGGUGUUUGGGAUCCGGUUUGACAUUUUGGUGAAUGGCAAGGCAGGCAAAUUUGACAUCAUCCCAACCAUGACCACAAUCGGCUCUGGAAUUGGUAUUUUUGGAGUGGCCUCUGUCCUCUGCGACCUGCUCCUGCUGCAUUUUCUCCAAGGACGGGACUAUUACAAGCAGAAGAAAUUCAAAUAUGCGGAACAGGAGCCUUCGAAGUCACAUAAGAAGGGGAAGGAGCUGGACAACACGCAGUGAGAGAAUCCACACUGACUGACAAACCUGCACCCUCUUCCUCCUCCUUUCCUAAGACACAGUUGCCAUCCCCCAUCACCAGCCUGCACCAGCCCCAAGGCCAGCAG